AUGGCGGCUCCAAAGAUUGCUAUCGUUUUUUACUCGAUGUACGGCCACAUCAAGACAUUGGCCGAAGCUGAGAAGAAGGGGAUUGAGGCAGCCGGCGGUACUGCCGACAUUUUCCAGAUUGCUGAGACUCUUCCCGAAGAAGUCCUUGCCAAGAUGCAUGCGCCGGCCAAGUCGGCGUACCCAGUCAUCGAGCCCCAGGAAUUGACCUCGUAUGACGCUAUUCUGUUCGGUGUUCCCACUCGUUAUGGCAACUUCCCUGCUCAGUGGAAGGCAUUCUGGGAUAAGACGGGUGGCAUCUGGGCCAAGGGAGGGUUCCAUGGGAAGUACGUGGGAGCAUUUGUCUCCACCGGUACCCCUGGAGGUGGCCAGGAAUCCACCGUCAUUGCCUGCAUGAGCACAUUCGUCCACCAUGGAAUGAUUUUCGUCCCAUUGGGUUAUAAGAACACAUUCCCAAUGCUAGCCAACCUUUCAGAAGUUCGCGGAGGUAGUCCAUGGGGCGCUGGAACUUUCGCCGGUGCCGAUGGUUCCCGUCAGCCCAGUGCUCUUGAGCUCGAGCUCGCCGUCACACAAGGCAAAUGCUUUUAUGAGACUGUCUCAAAGUCUCAGUUAAAUCACCGGGUAUAUGUGCAUGUUGCCGCUAUAAAUAAUCAACAGACCAGUCCUUAG